CAGAAGCACUCUGGGCGUGCUGCCGGCGGCGGUUGCGCGCGCAGAGCCGGUGGGCGGUUGGUGUGAGCGGGUCGAGGGCUGAGGCUGGAAGAGCCGGCGCCAUGGUGGAGAAGGAGGAGGUUGGCGGCGGAAUUAGCGAGGAAGAGGCGGCGCAGUAUGACCGACAGAUCCGCCUGUGGGGCCUUGAGGCCCAGAAACGGCUGCGGGCCUCCCGGGUGCUUCUUGUCGGCAUGAAAGGACUCGGGGCUGAAAUUGCCAAGAAUCUCAUCCUGGCAGGAGUGAAAGGACUGACCAUGCUGGAUCACGAACAGGUGCGCUGUUGUCAGCUCAUUACUCUCCUCCUCUGGCUCCCAUUUGCAGCAUGAAGACUUGCAGAUUUU